UCCAUCAGGAAUUCCAAGUCCUACAUUCAGGCUGUUGGGGAUAUGAACUACCUGUUUUUAUCUUGUGCGAGGAAUGUCUUUCACCAGAACGACACCAUCUACAGACUGACCUCUGWUGGCCGCUUGUUCCACCAUGCCUGCCAGCUUGCCCAUGAGCACACAGAUCAAGUGAUCAGGCAAAGGAAGGCUCAGCUGCAGAAUGAGGGAGAGCUGGAGAAGAUCAGGCAAAAGAGGCACUUGGAUUUCUUGGACAUCCUUCUGUGUGCCAAAUUGGAGAAUGGGAGCAGCCUGUCUGAUGAGGACCUGCAUGCCGAGGUGGACACCUUCAUGUUUGAGGGCCAUGACACCACAGYCAGUGGUAUCUCCUGGAUCUUCUAUGCUCUGGCCACACACCCGGAGCAUCAGCAGAGGUGCAGGGAGGAGGUCCAGAGCCUCCUGGGGGACAGAGCCUCCAUCACCUGGGACCACCUGGACCAAAUGCCCUACAUCACCAUGUGCAUCAAGGAGGCCCUGAGGCUCUAUCCACCAGUAGCAGGUGUGAGCAGAGAUCUCAGCAAAUCUAUCACUUUCCCUGAUGGACGCUCCUUACCCAAAGGUUUCAUGGUCACACUCUCCAUUUAUGGCCUUCACCACAACCCAAAGGUGUGGCCAAAACCAGAGGUGUUUGAUCCYUCUCGAUUUGCACCUGGAUCUUCUCGACACAGCCACUCCUUCCUGCCCUUCUCAGGAGGAUCAAGGAACUGCAUUGGGAAACAAUUUGCCAUGAAUGAGCUGAAAGUGGCCGUGGCCCUGACUCUACUUCGUUUUGAGCUACUACCAGAUCCCACCAGGAUUCCUGUACCCAUGGCACUAAUUGUGUUGAAGUCCAAGAAUGGAAUCCACCUGCAUCUCAGGAAGCUCCAAUAAUUCUGGUGGAAGAGAAGUCAUCUUUGGGCCAGCUGCUUGAAAUUUUGAGUUUCUGUCACCUGUUCCUGUGCACCUUCCAUUGCCCCAAAACUGCUUUCCAUCUUUCCACCUGCCCUUCUUCCCACCUSCCUGCUCUCCUGCCUCUUUGUCUCAUCUAACUCUAGGCUCCCUACCUGCUUUUUUUCUAUGUGUCUCCCUCCUGCCUAUAUCUUUGUCCCCUGAUAACCUGCAUAUCCAUUUCCUUGUCUGUUCCUUUACCUUACUUGUGCUGCUUGUCUGUCCAUCUAUGAGUUUCUUACUGCUGCUAUAAAAAGUGAGAACAACCUCAAUGGCUUUGUAUGACAGAAAUAUAGUUACUUAUGGUCCUGAAUAACAGAGUUCUAACAUGGGUUGCCUUGAGUUGCAACCAAGAUAAUGGUGCUGUCACUGCACAUCCACGGCCAUUGGUGUGCCUCACCCUUUUGUCAUUUCCGUUAUCUAGAGCUGCAUUGCUGGACUUCAUGAUCUAUGGUUAAUAUUCAAAUCCUGCAACACCUUUGACUCUCUCUACUUCUAUCUUUAUAUCCAAUCUCUAUCAUAAGGACCUUUGUGAUAACAAUGUGCCCAUGUGAUAAUAGAGAAUAUCAUCAUAGUUCUCCCAGGUCAAGGAUGUGUACAUUGGUUGUGUACAUUCAGCCUAGCAUACUUCC